AUGUUGUUCGUUCACGACGAAUCCCUCCCUCAGCUGCCAAGCAUUCCGGACACAGUGCCCCUCUGCGACUUCAUGUUCGAUGAGCAAUAUGGACGGCACCCAGUUGCGAAGUCACUUGACUCCUACACUUGCGGGUUGAGUGGUUACAGUAUCUCGGCCAGAGAACAGAAAGCCCGCGUUGAAGCCUUUGCGAGAUCAUUAGCCCAGGAAUUAGGAUGGAGUGUCAACCAGGGGAGUGAGUUUGACAAGGUGAUUGGCAUUUUUGCCCUUAACACUGUGGACGUCAUGGGGUUGUCUUGGGCCGUCCAUCGUGUGAACGGCGUCUCUUCUCCUGCAAACGCAAUGUAUAACGCAGAGGAGCUCACACACCAGCUCGUGACCUCGAAAUGCAAAGCGCUUUUCACCGUCCAGUCUCUUCUCCCCAUUGCAUUGAAAGCUGCAAAAGCUGCCGAAAUUCCAGAACACUGCGUAUAUCUCUGCGAUAUGCCUGGCCAACAGGAAGCGAAGCGCUCAAAAUAUAAAACAGUUGCAGAGCUUACUCUUCACGGCCAAAGCUUGCCAGAACUUGAGCCAAUCAAAUGGAAGCCCGGUCAAGGACAAAGACAGACUGCGUUUCUUUGCUACUCCAGUGGCACCUCUGGCCUACCGACCGAGACGCUAUUUCUCCGGGGCAUCGCGACAUCGGACUUGGCCUCCUACCUCAGUCCCACAUCUACAUCCUCAACAUACCGGGGCGACUCGGUGAUCGUGCUCCCAAGGUUUGACUUGCACACAUAUCUCCGCACAAUCGAUAAAUUCAAGAUCAACACCCUCUAUUUGGUUCCGCCGCUGAUUAUCGCAAUGAUCAACAGUUUCGAAACACUACGGAAAUACGACCUAUCAUCUGUCAAGCGGGUGUGGGUUGGAGCGGCACCGUUAGGGCUGGAGGCAACCAAUGCGCUGCUCUCCGCAUAUCCCUCAUGGAAGAUAACUCUUGGGUACGGCAUGACAGAAACCUGCGUUGUCGUCACUUCCGGCACGCCAAGAGACAUCGUCGUCGGCAGUUCUGGCUUAGUAUUGCCGGGUUUCGAGAUUAUGCUCGUGGGUGCUGACGACAAGCCUGUCAACAAUUACAAUGAGCCGGGCGAGGUGUGGGUGAAGUCGCCAAGUGUUGUGCUCGGUUACCUCAACAACGAGUCUGCAAACCGCGACACUUUCGUCGAUACCGAGAACGGCCGUUUCAUCAAGACAGGAGAUGUUGGGGAGAUGCGGAAGGCUCCUAGCGGGAAGGAGCAUCUCUGGAUCGUGGACCGAAUCAAGGAACUCAUCAAAGUCAAGGGUCAUCAAGUUGCUCCGGCUGAGUUGGAAGCGUGCCUAUUGGGCCAUGCAAGCGUCGCAGAUUGUGCCGUCAUUUCUGUGCCAGACGAUCGUGCCGGUGAAGUCCCGAAGGCUUACAUCGUCAAAUCAGAGCCAUGUUCCGCCAAGGAAGUUCAGGAGUACGUGCAGGCCAGGAAAGCACCCUAA